UCAUCAGUUUCACUUCAAGUGCCUUAAGAAUAGCAAUAACUGCUAAUUAUCAGCUAAUAAAUACAUAUAACUACGAAGCAAAAAUCAAUCAAUCAUGAACUUCAACAAAGUCUUCAUCUUCUUGGCUGUGGUGAUCGCCAUUUUCGCCGGCCAAACAGAGGCGGGUUGGCUCAAGAAGAUCGGCAAGAAAGUUGAGCGUGUUGGCCAGCAUACCAGAGAUGCCGCCGUUCAAGGCAUUGCUGUGGCGCAACAGGCCGCCAAUGUCGCUGCUACUGCGCGUGGUUAAUUAUUAUUAGUUGCCGAAAACAUUUAAAUUACAGUUAUAAACUCAUUUUGUGCAAAUGUCAUGGUAUUUACUUAAAAAAUAUUUAUUUUAGAAAAAAACAACAGCAAACAUUCAUAUUACUAAGUUGAGGAACAAAUUUCGAAUAAAUUGAAAUCUUAAAUAA